AAAUGUUCCUAACAACGAAUAUUUCAUAUUUCACUUUUUCUGUCACAUUCAAUGGGUGAUUGGUGUUUGUAUCGGUCUGUAUAUCGUAUUUAUUUGUGAAUUUUCUGUUUAAAUUUACAACAACAGGGCUCGAUUAAGAGUUCAUUCGAAAUAUGUCCGAUGAAGGAAGUCCCAAUCUGCAAAAACUUCGAGAUUUCCGCUAUCAAAAAAAACCGCAAUUCUCACACGAUGGUAUGAGUGCAUCGCCGGCACGCCGAAGAAUCAUCACCAUGUCAUCGGACUCCGAAUCCGAUCUCGAAGCCCAAAAGAACGCCCUCUCGCCCGACGCCCCGAAGCCCCAUUCGAGCCAGCACGUCUCGCCCCCGCCGCCCGCCUCGUAUCGCGCCAAACCGGCCUCGACCGCGCCGCCCUACGGCCACCCGAUGAAACCCUACGGCCCGCCGCCCAACCACUCGGGCACCUCCAAGCAGGCGCCGAACCACAACGGCAACGGCGCCUUCAUCAACAGGUACAACGGGUACACGCAGCGCAGCCAGAAGCACCCCUCCAUAUUGGAGAAGGAGAAGCAGAUGAAGUUCCUGUUGGAGAUAUUCCCCAAUUUGGACGCCAUGAAAAUCCACAGCUGCCUUUCGAGACAUAGUUUCAAUACGGACGCGGCCGCCGCGGAAUUGUCUAGGAAUUACAACAAACCCGUCGACUACGGGUACAGCCAAUGGAGGCAGGACUACGACAAGAAGGCCGAGGACGCGAAGCGGAACGAGAUGAACAACGCCGCCUUGUUCGUGAGAUCGGUGAAGAGAGAAAGGGAGGAUUCGUCGAAAAAGAGACGGGUUAAAAAAAGGAAAUCGUACGAUAGCGAUGACAGUACGGGUAGCCAUAGUUACAAAGACAAAAGGGUCUUCGAUAGCGACGAGGACUCGGACGUCGAGGUCAGCGACGAUCUGACGGGCGACAAAAAACGCGUAUUGGAAUUCUUCAAAACGGCCAACGCCGGCGAGUUGCUGUUGAUGAAUUCGUGCUCGAAGAAAAAGGCCGAGGCCAUUUUGGAGCUUCGACCGUUCACCGGCUGGAUCGAUUUGGUGACGAAAUUGCAAACGAACAAGAACCUGAGCGGCGAUUUGCUAAAUGCCGCCCAACAGGUGUUGACGACGCGGAAUAACAUAAAAAAUUUGAUGAAAAAAUGCACGAAUUUGGCGCAGCAAUUGGAGAGGGCGGUCGCCGCGGGGGCGGGCGUCAAAGAACAACCUCGAAUUUUGUCUUCUACUUUAAAACUAACCAGCUACCAAAUGGUAGGACUGAAUUGGUUGGUCGUGUUGUAUUCUCAGGGAGUGAACGGUAUAUUAGCGGACGAAAUGGGAUUGGGAAAAACCGUACAAAUCAUAUCAUUUCUCGCUCAUUUGAAACAAACCGGAGCGGCUACCAAUACGCAUUUAGUCAUUGUGCCUUCAUCGACGCUAGAUAAUUGGAAAAACGAAUUUUCCCGUUGGUGUCCCGAAUUACGGGUGUUUAUGUACUACGGUAGCAUGGAGGAACGUAAACAAUUUAGAUUCGAUUUGGCGCGCGGAAUGUUGGCCGAUUUCGAUGUGAUUUUAACCACUUACACAAUGGUGGGCAACAGCCCCGAGGAGAGGAAAAUGUUUCGAGUAACUAGAAUGCACUACGUGAUAUUCGACGAGGCGCAUAUGUUGAAAAACAUGAACACGCAGCGAUACGAAAAUUUAAUUAGAAUAAACGCUAAACACAGGAUACUACUAACAGGAACUCCAUUGCAAAAUAAUCUAUUAGAAUUGAUGUCUCUGUUGAUAUUCGUGAUGCCGAAAAUCUUCGCGGAGAAAACCGACGAUCUGAAAAGUUUGUUCCAAAAGAAUUCCAAAAAGGAACAAGACGCCGAUACUCUUCCGACGUUCGAAAAGGAACAAAUCGAACAGGCGAAAAGGAUAAUGAAACCGUUCGUAUUGAGACGGCUCAAAUGCGACGUGCUGCAGGAUUUACCAAAGAAAACGGAUUACGUGAUGAAAGUGCCGCUGACGCCGACGCAGAAGCAGCAGUACGAGCAAUUGGUGGCCUCUUACAAGGCCGUUAACGAGAACGGAGAAAGCUUGUACAACGGCAUGAGCAUCAUGACGGAUUUGAGGAAAUUGAGCAAUCACCCGUUAUUGAUGAGGUUCCAUUACGAUAUCAAUAAAUUACAAGAAAUAGCCAAACUAUUAGCCGUCGAUCCGGGAUAUAAAGACACAGUAGUACAAUAUAUCGUCGACGAUUUAACGUGGAUGUCGGAUUUCGAAAUUCACACGCUUGCAAAGGAAUUUGCCUGUUUGAGAAACUUCCUGCUUCCCAACGGUUUAAUGUUGAACUCGGGCAAAUUCUGGCAAUUCGACCAAAUGCUGGACGACCUGAAGAAAAACGGCCACAGAGUAUUGAUAUUCAGCCAGUACGUGAUAAUGUUGAACAUAGUCGAGGAAUAUUUGAAAAUUAGAAGCCACAAGUACAUGAGAUUGGACGGCAGUACGGCGGUGAAUAUCAGACAGGAUUUGAUCAACGAAUUCACCGACGAUUCCAGUUAUUUUAUAUUUCUAUUGUCGACGCGGGCCGGCGGUUUGGGCAUCAAUUUAACAUCGGCAGAUACGGUUAUCAUUCACGAUAUAGAUUUCAAUCCGUAUAAUGACAAACAAGCCGAGGACAGGUGUCAUAGAAUGGGACAGAGCAAACCCGUGACGGUUUAUCGGUUCAUUUCGCAAGGUACUAUCGAAGAGGGUAUGUUGGAAAUGAACAAAGAAAAACUGAAAUUAGAACGGGAUAUUACCACUGACGAAACCGAUAAUCCCGAUGUGAAGAGCGUUGUAAGAUUGUUGUCGUCCGCGUUGGGAAUAGAUUCAUCGAAAGCCACGAAUUUGGUAUCGCCAAAGAAAAUUCCUUGAGAGUUACUCGCCCGUUAAGUAACGCUUUUAAACGUAAAUUUAAUUUAGUACAAUUUCUACGUGUUAUAUAAAUUAUUCGUAUUGGAAUUAUUUAAUGGACAAGGCACAGUGUUUGAGCACUCUUUCUUUUUGCGUUUUUUUAGUUCGAUUAUUACAAUUAAAAUAUUU